AUGCCACGGGAGAGCAAUCGGGGGAGGUUGCGUUCACAUGAGGCCUGCCUGAAUUGCAGACCGGUCAAGGCGGCCCGUCAAGACCAAAAACGCGAGGAGCUCGAAGAUAUACCAGAAGCACCCUACUCAAAGAACAGCAACCCAUCCUCUGGCGAACCAGCUUUUGAGCGCUUCUCUCCCGGGUCGGGUUCUUUUCCUUUUGGAUUCGGCAACAAUGAGGACUCAAAUCCCCAUCCCUCUUCCGCCGCAGUCAGCAAAUCCCUGGAACUGUAUUUUCACUACUGUCAUCGGCAGCCGAUCUGGUGCUUCGAUUAUGAAGACCUCGAAGACAAGGGUAGUCUUUCGGACGAGCUUAUCUAUAGCGUCCUAGCGCUGACUGCGCGCUUUUCGCGUGAGCCGUCGCAGUCGCAGCGUUAUGGAAAUACCGCGCGAACAUUGAUCAUGCUCCGCGUGGCAAAUGGCUCAGUGGACCUCGAAACCAUCGAAAGUCUAUGCCUACUUUCAUAUUCUUCAUUCAUAGACGGGGACGUGCACCUCGGUCGGUUCCAUCUUGGCCUCGCUUUUCAGCUUUGCCGGUCCGCGAUGAUGGACAUAGACUCCGGAUAUCCUCCUGAGAGUCCUUUGACUGAACGAAAGAAACGCUUGUUCUGGAGUCUCCAAUCACUGGAACAGACAUACGGCCAACAAAAUGGGUUUCUCAGCCUCCCAGCCGAGAACCUGCGUCCGUUUUGUGCUCCCCACGGUGGAGACCGGGGAUAUUGCAAGGAGUUCGAAUCAAAGCCGCCCAAGCUGCCGCGGGAUGAUAUUGGUUGCUCCACGCCCGAGGACAUAGGCAUUUGGAGCCUGGCGGUUCAUUUCGGAUGGGUUUGGAGCAGGGUUCGCACCUAUGUGUCCGACUGCGCACAAAAUCGACUCAAGGAGCCCUGGCGCCAUGAUUCAAUGUAUACGAUGAUACUCUCAGACCUGACGGAGGUGGAGAACAAGCUCUCUCAGUGCCACCGAUACGACUCGGUCAAAUUCUAUGAGCGGAAGGCAGAGGAGCUGCGCAUGAACCGGGGGUACUGGACACCCUGGUUGAAAGCGCAGUUUACGUAUCAUUGCAUUUUGACCGUGCUGAACCACCCUUUCCUCUACAUCGUAGCAUCACAGUCGAACCCGAACCUCUCCAUCCCCAACGCCUUUUGGAGGCGCUCUUCAGAGCUGGUUGUGUUGCAUGCGACCUGGCUUGUCCGUAUGAUCGAUAUGGUCUCCGAAAGGAAAAUGCGCCUAGUUGAUCCCUUUUUCGGGCACGCCGCCGCGAUUGCAGCGACAGUACAUCUUUAUUAUUGUUGCGCAGCGGAUCCACGACUCAAACAGAAAUCGAUAAUCGACUUCGAUAAAUGUCGGACCUUUCUGAAAACUUUCGUUCCUUUCUCUGCAGCCUGCAAAGCCUUAGACCAAACUCUGGACAAGAUGACGCGAAUUGCAUGCGGCUCGGAAAAUGUGAACUACGAGUGGAUGCCGUCCAAGAUCCACCUGAGUAUCCCGUUGAUGUGGGACCUUCUCCAAAUCAACUGUGUGCCGGAGCCACAGGAGAUGUCUGGUGGCUUAUUACAUCCCACGUUGAUCCCCGCCAUUUCGCGAGACGACGCGGGGGAAAGCUCCUGUACGCUGGAGGUCAUUGUGGCCAUGUCCCCUGAAGUCCAUGUCAAUACGGCGGAUGGUGGACAGGCCGCCCAUAUGCAACCGAGCCUGGCCAACAUGUCCUCUAUGCAAUCGACUCCAGACAGUCUCGCGCUCGCCGACAAGUUGGUCGCACCGGCUGACAGUCUCAUGAUGAAUACGCCGUGGCUCUGGACGGGCCAGUUUCCGGACAUGGACAAUAUGGACUAUCAGGAACCCGAGUCCGGCAUGGGGAAUAUUGAUGGGUUUUCCGCCUGGUGGGACAUUGGGAAUCUCUAA